AUGACCGUAACCAUCACUAAGAAGACCAUAUCUGCGCCUACCCGCGAUGAUAAGAAGAAGAAGAACACCGGUGAUGUGUAUGGGGCACCGGCGCAGCAUGGACAGAGCAGCAGGAAGGGGAAGAAGGCGUGGAGGAAGAAUGUCGACCUUGUCGAGGUAGAGGAAGGGUUGGAGAAGCUCAGGGAGGAUAUCAGGACAACUGGGGGUCCGAUACAUGAGAAGAGCGACAAGGACCUGUUUAUGGUAGACCUUACUGGUAGUGAAACCGUGCGCAAACGUAUAGGAAAACCACUGAAAUCGCUCGAAAUUCUGCAUCAGCGGUCGGCCGUCCCUGCGGUCCACUCCCGUUCACGCCCCAUCACUGAUUACACCUCUCGCUCAACAAAAGAUCGUCUCCGCAGAAAGGCGGGGAUGCAUGAGAUUUUUGCGGACAGGACAGUGCUGGAGGUUACGGAGGCUGUGAGAGAUUCCGGAAAGUUUGAUGUGUGGGACGAGGUGGCCGAGGAGCAAAGGGAGAGAGAUGAAGGGUUAGAGAGGCUGGGGGAGGAGGGGAGGGAGUUCGUUGGCGAGUACGUGAAAAAGCCAAAGCCAAAGGCCCCAGAGCACCCAAGGAUAGCACAGCAUAUCCACCUAGAGGCAAUUACGACCCCGCACGCGGGUCAGUCAUACAACCCCACACAGGAAACACACCAAGAGCUACUUUUGCAAGAACACGCGAAAGAGGUUGCAAGGCAGGAAGAAUAUGCGAAGGAACAAGCGCUCCGGGCACAACUGGAGAAUGUGCGGGGACUCAGGACGAGUGACAGUGAUGUCGUGGGUGCCCCAGGCAUGCAGGUGGAUGGAGAAAAUGAAGAGCCUGGUUCAGAAGCUGAGUCUGGGGAGGUCGUCGUUGUCCGCAAUACCGUCCCUCGUCGUAAAACUCGCCAACAACGCUUGAGACAUGCAAAGCACCUUGAGACUUUGCGUGCCCAGCAAGAAAAGACAGCCCGUCGAAAGCUGCUCGCCUCCCUUGCCUCCAUUCCCUCCAUAACCAAGACCCUCGCAACUCAACAAGCUCAGGCGCAAGAACGAGCACAAGUGCGCCAGCUCGCUCGCCAAGAAGCUCUACGCACUGGUCUAGCAGGCAAGAGGAUGGGCAAGCACAGGGUGCCGGCAGAGCGCGUAGACGUACAGCUGGGAGACGAGCUCUCCGAGACCCUCCGCACGCUGAAGCCGGAGGGAAAUCUGUUCAGGGAACGGUGGGACAGCUUCAUGCAUCGGGCUAGGGUGGAGCCGAGGGUUGUGGUGACUAGAAAAGGAAAGAGGGUGGGCUCGAAGACUGUCGAGCGGUACCGCUACAAGCGGUUUGUAUAGUCGCUGUCGGCGGGAGGGGAGCGAUCGGUGUUCCCAAGCAAUGGU